AUCCCUUCACCAUUCCACCCUCAACCUCAACCUUACGCCUCUUCCAUCUCUCUUUACGCCGCCGUCAACAGCUCUUCUCCUCUGCCUCUCGCCGGACCUCGUCGAAAACUCGAAAUCCGCUUCUCCUCUUCACUCUGAUUCGCGCCUCUAUCUCUCUCCCUCGACGGCUCAACCGGUUGCUGCUGCGCUAUUGACUCAACUAGUCUCCGCCGGAGUAUCUUUUUUUGGGUUCUCCUCUGCUCUCGCCGGAGCUCUUCAGUGGCUUGCCGAAGCUCAUCGGUGGCUUGCCGAAGCUCGUCUUCACUCUGCUUUGCGCCUCUAUCUCUCUGCCUCGACCUUCCAUUGUUGUCAUUGUUCUGCCGUCGCAUCAGUUGAGAUGUCCAACUCCCAACACUUUCCAGUUUCUCCCUUGAGCAUCCUUCUUCCAAAUUCCAAAUUCCAUCCAUGGCAUCCACCUUCUUCAACAACCUUCUUGCAACACCCAAAGCACGCCCUAUCCUGUGCACUGCAAAAACCCAAUCUCAACAACCCACGCCACCUCCCACAUAUUCCCCCACUCCUCCCAACCGCCAACUUCGCACCCCUCACAGCGGGUACCAUUUCGAUGGGAGUGCUCGCAAGUUCUUUGAGGGAUGGUACUUCAAGGUCUCCAUUCCCGAACGCCGCCAGAGCUUCUGUUUUAUGUACUCCGUCGAGAGCCCUUCUUUUCCCAGGAAACUCACGCCCUUCGAGGUGACACAGUACGGACCUAGGUUCACCGGCGUCGGCGCGCAAAUUCUUGGUGCUGAUGACAAGUACAUUUGCCAGUUCUCAGAGGAAUCGCAAAACUUCUGGGGAGAUCGUCAUGAACUGAUUCUGGGGAACACCUUUGUGGCCAAGAACAAUUCGAGACCUCCAAACAAGGAGCUUCCCCCUCAGGAAUUUGAUAAUAAAGUGCUGGAAGGUUUUCAAGUUACCCCGCUUUGGCAUCAAGGUUUCAUUCGUGAUGAUAGAAGGUCAAAUUAUGUAGAAACAGUGGAGACAGCUCGUUGGGAAUAUAGUACACGCCCUGUUUAUGGUUGGGGCAAUGUUGGGUCUGCACAGAAGUCUACAGCUGGCUGGCUUGCAGCUUUUCCUGUUUUUGAACCUCACUGGCAAAUAUGCAUGGCGGGUGGAUUAUCAACAGGUUGGAUAGAGUGGGAUGGCGAGAGGAUUGAGUUUAAUAAUGCCCCAUCUUAUUCAGAAAAGAAUUGGGGUGGAGGAUUCCCAAGAAGAUGGUUUUGGGUUCAAUGUAAUGUCUUUGAAGGUGGUAGUGGAGAAAUUGCACUUACAGCUGCUGGUGGUUUGAGGCAAAUUCCUGGAAUAACAGAGACUUAUGAAAAUGCUGCACUGAUUGGAGUUCAUUAUGCUGGAAUCUUUUAUGAAUUUGUGCCAUGGAAUGGUGUUGUUAACUGGGAAGUUAAUCCGUGGGGUUAUUGGUUUAUGUCAGCAGACAAUGGCAGACAUGUGGUUGAAUUAGAAGCAAGAACAGAUGAUCCCGGUACCACAUUACGCGCUCCAACAAUGGAAGCUGGCCUUGCCCCAGCAUGCAAAGAUACAUGUUUCGGAAUUCUGAAGUUACAAAUUUGGGAACGAAGAUACGACGGCAGCAAGGGAAAGUUGAUACUGGAUGUUUCGAGUAACAUGGCGGCUUUAGAAGUAGGAGGAGGUCCAUGGUUCAGCCCUUGGAAGGGUCAGACAUCAACUCCAGCUGUCCUUAAGCGUGCUCUUGAACUGCCAAUCGAUGUAGAUGGCUUUUUCAAUGCAGUUCCUCUGUUUAAGCCACCAGGCUUGUGAGAAUUGGUUUGCUUUCCUUAUAAUCUUAUCUUAUGAAAUGACAUGGCUGAAAGUUUGCAUGCAAGUGUAUUCAAAGGCUAACAGUAAAAUUUCGAAAGGGAUUAUGUGAUUAGAAACAAUGUCCAUAAUUCAAGAUAAAAAGAUUGAAUGGGUACGUCACGAGAUGUUUUUCUUUUUC